AUGACUGAGGCGGACGAUAGCAGUGCAAGUUCCUUCGAUGAGCCUGUAUUUGCUGUAGGCGAGGAACCUGAAACUCAGGCCAUCGACUUUGACGACGAACCAGAAGAAGUGGAGCCAAACGAUAACGAUAGCCCUUUCAUUGAGCAACUACCACCAACACCACCCCCACAACCUGCUACUAUUGUCAUCGAGGUUCAACCUAUUACACUACCGACUACUCCGAGCAAAAUUGCGCAGUUUGCUAGCAAAAUGGGAAUGGUUCCGGAGAAGACGCCAGAAGUGCCUAACGUACAAGAAGCAAUGGAUGAGAGACCUUCUACAAGUGUUUUGAAAAGAAGUGCCAAAAUCAUCUUGAGUCCUUCAAAGACAAUAAAAAGGAAACGGUCAGUUUGGUUUCUUUUGCAGGAUUGCGAUUGA